AUGUCCUCUACUUCCCGAAGUGCUGUUGCGGCUGCAGCAGGUGCUGCCGCCCUGUUCAGUGGUGCCAGCUUCGUUUCGGCUCCAGCCACCUCGCAUCUGAGGGCCGUGGCCGGGCGCUCCCAAUGGUACAAUCUUGCCUUGAAAGCUGCGUCCAGCAAGACGGCCUCUCUUGCAGUGGCCGGCGUGGCUGUUGCAGCCCUUACGGCAAGUGGCCGAAAGGCCUUUGGUAACAUCAAGCCGCAGCUGGUCACCCUGAACGCUUUUGAGAACGAGUUGGGUGUGCAAGCGCCAGUCGGGUUCUGGGAUCCUGCUGGUUUUACUGCAGAUGGUAGCGUGGAGGACUUCAAGCGACGUCGUCAAACAGAGCUCAAGCACGGUCGCAUCUCCAUGCUUGCAACAAUGGGCUACAUUACUCCAGAGAUCACUGGAAAGCUCCCAGGUUAUUUGUCUCCAUCAGCCGGCCUUAAGUUCGCCGACGUGCCCAACGGACUUGCAGCAAUCUCCAAGGUGCCUGCAGCAGGUUGGGGACAGAUCUUGGCCUACAUGGCAUUCUGCGAGGUUUCCCAAGAUCAGUCUCCUGGAACUCCUGCUGCGGCUGGAGACUUUGGAUUCAAGGUUUUGACUUCAUCUGAUCCUGCGGAGAAGACGAAGAAAUUGAGCGCCGAGCUGGCAAAUGGCCGCCUUGCGAUGAUGGCGAUCAUCGGGAUGUUCUUUCAGAACGAGCUUGGUGUGCAGCCACCUUUCGGCUUUUGGGAUCCCGUUGGAUUCACAGCUGAUGGUGACACUGAGGCAUAUGCCCGCCGUCGUCAGACCGAGAUCAAGCACGGCCGAAUUGCGAUGCUUGCUACCAUGGGCUACAUGACUCCGGAGAUCACUGGAAAAUUCCCUGGUUACCUUUCUCCUUCAUUGGGCUUGAAGUUUGCGGAUGUCCCCAAUGGCUUGGCCGCUAUCUCUAAAGUGCCAGCAGCUGGGUGGGGUCAGAUUUUGGCUUACAUGGCCUUCUGCGAGGUUUCCAAGGACCAGAAACCUGGAAGCCCAGGUGCUGCAGGUGACUUUGGAUGGAAGGUGCUCACUUCCUCAGACCCCACGAUCAAGCAGAACAAGCUUGCCUCCGAGCUUGCCAACGGCCGGUUGGCCAUGGUGGCCAUCAUGGGCAUGCUCUUCCAGGAUGGUGUGACCGGCAGCCCUUGGGGAGACUUUGCCAUCAAGCAGGGAUCUGCUUGGCUUGCCUUUGAGAGUGAGCUUGGUGUGCAAGCACCAGUCGGUUUCUGGGACCCUGUUGGGUUCACUGCUGAUGGCGACGUUGCAGCCUUCAAGCGCCGACGAUCUGUGGAGCUUAAGCACGGCCGAAUCUGCAUGAUGGCAACCAUGGGUUACAUCACCCCUGAGGUCACCGGCAAGCUGCCGGGCUACCUGUCCCAAUCUGCCGGUUUGAAGUUUGCUGACGUCCCCAACGGCUUGGCCGCGGUGGCCAAGGUUCCCGUGGCGGGCUGGGCGCAGAUCGCGGCCUACUUCGGCUUCGUGGAGUUCAGCGGCGGCUUCGAGGACUACAAGACCGGCACACCGGGGGACUAUGGCUUCAAGGUGCUGACGUCCUCUGUGGCGGAGGAGAAGACCCAGAAACUCUCGGCCGAGCUGGCCAAUGGCCGCCUGGCCAUGAUGGCCAUCAUCGGCAUGUUCUUCCAGGAUGGCCUCACCGGCUCUGCCUGGGGAGACUGGGCCAACUACACGGCUUCUCCAUUGCGCUGAGGUGCGCAUGACGACAGAAGAGGACAGAAAAAACAUGGGAUAAAUGGACAUC